GUUAUCGUGCAGUGAAUACCGUCCUCGAAACUGUUGAGUUGGUUACUCAUGACGUCGUUUACGACUUAACAAUACGGCAGUGACAACGCCGUGUACAGUUGAACACGUUGAACUGUGUACAGUUGAACAGGUUGAACAGAGUGCAGUUGAACGCGGUGAAAUUUGAUCGAAAGAUUGCACUUUUUUUUAAUAAUCAUGCGCUGGUCGUAAUAAGUGUUGCAAUAUUCAGAGAGCAGGAAACAGAACUGUGAAAUGAGAUAUUGAGAGUGAAAAUCAGUAAAACCGGUCAGCAAAGAAAUCCGUAAUUUUCGUUGCAAUGGAUAAUUUCUGAGGGAAAGUAAAGUACUGUGCAUAAAACAGAUUCAAAUCAAUUCCAGUGAAGAACAUUAUUGAGAUAGAUAAGUGUGAGUAGCAUAGUUAAAGAACUGAUCAACCUGCGAGUGACCAACUUUUUACUAAUAUGGGUUCUACGGAGCUGAAAGAAGACUGCAAAGCUCGAGCGGUCUUGUCCUGGAUCAAGAAAAACGAGCAAGAGCUGAGCAUUUCACUUGGGGACAUCGUUAAAAUUCAUUCCAUAAAUCAGGACAAAAAGUGGGUUUUGUGUGAGACUAAGCAUUGCGAAAGAGGUUACGUUCCUUACUCUCACUUGACACCUAUACAGGAUUAUCGUCCAGAGUCUGUUGAGCGUCUCAUAUCAAAUCAGGCAAACAAACAAGAAGGUUGGAAUUCAGUGAUUCAAAACCUUGUUGAACUGCAGAAACUUAACCUACAUCGGACAGCUCCUCGUGCAGUCCAGCAUCAAAGUCUUCAACAAUGCCCAGCUCAAGCGAAACCCAAUAAUCCAGAUGUGACAGCCCACAAUACAUCAACACAACAAAAAAGAAUUUCUGCGAUCCUGAGGAGGAUAUCUGAAGGGAAUGAAAAAACUGAUAGCACCACCACACGAUGGUGCGCGCCUGCCAAAGACUCUAAUCUGUACGAGUCUGGAGGGAGCGAAGCCUCGGGCAGUGAUUCUGCCUUCAAUUUUCUCGCAGAAUAUGAAUCCGACGGCCCAAUUGUGUGCUACAGGGUGAUCGCCCCUCGGACGACGAGGAGCGAGCAGGAGCUGGACGUGCAGCCUGGCGAACUGGUUGUGGUGACGGACGACCCCGCGGCGCAGGUUCUGUGGGGGCAGCGCUGCGCCGAUCCCACCACGCACGGUGCAGUGGCACGGUGUCUGCUGGCCGCUCCUACGGAACUUGAGAAACAGACUUGGGUGUGCGGCAACAUGGGUCGUGAGGCGGCAGAGGCGCUACUGACCAAGCCGCCCGUCAGGCCCGGGACUUUCCUCGUCCGGUGGUCAGACACAAAAUCCUGCUACGUCAUAUCCUACACCAGCCGCAGCAGCGAGCAGGGCGAAGCUGAUGUCGAAGUAAGACACGUUGUAUGCCACGCUGAGGGCGGCCGAUAUCGCUGCUGGGGCGAACUGUUUCCCGACAUGAUGACACUUAUUAAGCACUACACCGAGAGUAGAGAUCAGAAGCUAACGACUCCCUACGACAAAUAUCUUCCCUGCUCGUUGUCUGGACCUACUUCAAAACCAGCACUGCAGCCACCGGCAUCCGUAGGUCGGAGUGUUCCUUUUACGGCUUCCAUUCAGCAGCUGAAUUCAACCUCGGCGCACUCAAACCAAACGCAAGCAGGAGCACGUCCAGAAAUAAUUGCCGGAACAACACCAGGCGUCAAUCGUGAUAACUCUACAAACAAACCUGUCAGGAAUCCAAAUUCCAUAAAAAGGCCGGUAGAUAAACCUCCUCCUUGUCCUCCGAGAGAGAAUUCCUUCUUUGGGGUUGCGCCUACUUCACCCCAGACAAAUUCCAAACCCCAACCUCCAUCGAAGCCCCCACUCACCUCUUCAUUGGCUCCAAAGCCUCAGCCUCGAACCUCACUGACGUACAGCGCAGCAUCUGCAAAUUUCACACAUCCUUGGGGAUCCGGUCAAGCUGGUGGCAAUAAGCCAAUUUUUGCUAACCGACCUCUUCCAAAGCCUCCUUCCGAUCCGGCAGUUGAGGCGACUGAUCCUAGCCUAGCGCCUAGCCUUGGCAAAGAUAAAGACUGGCUGAUAGAGUCAAAGGCGGUGUCACGUCUGGAGAAAAUUGGCGCCGGUCAUUACGGGGAAGUGUGGAUGGCUAAAAUGAAGAAAACCAAUAAAAUUGUUGCUCUCAAAACCUUCAACAGAGAUCGGAUGCGAGAGGACUGCAUCGUCAAGGAGGUGAAAUCCAUGAUGACUUUACGACAUCCAAAUUUAGUGGAAUUUCAGGGAUAUUGUGCAGACCCUGAUGACUUCUUCAUGUUGUUAGAGUUCCACAGCCGCGGCAGUGUACUUGAUUACCUCAGGAAAGGAAUGACCCUGAACGUUAAUGAAAAAGAGUCGAUCAUGCUGGGCGUGCUGGCAGGCAUGCAAUAUUUGCAAGAAGAAGGCUUCGUGCAUCGCGACUUGGCCGCCAGAAACGUCCUCUUGACUGACAGAAACAAGCCAAAAAUUGCAGAUUUCGGCCUUGCACAAAUGAUCAAGGCAGAUGGCAAAGCUCAAAACGACAACCAAAAAACCCCCUGGAAAUGGACCGCGCCGGAGGCCAUCUGUGGACGCAAUCUCUGGACUGACAAGUGCGACGUCUGGAGCUUCGGCGUCUUUUGCUGGGAACUCUACAGCAACUGCCAGACUCAGCCUUAUCCAGAAAUCCGUACGAGCUCGAGCUUGCUGAAUCACCUGGAGGCAGGGUUCAGACUGAGUCGGCCGCUCGAGUGCAGCGAGGCAACAUACAGAGUCAUGCAGGAAUGUUGGCAGUUCGAUCAUAAUCGACGAGUUUCCUUUGCUGGUCUCUGGAAGUUUUUCCAGAAUUGAAACUAAGAAUUAUGCGAUAACAUCAUCUGUGAUUGCAAACAACUGCAAUGACACUUGAUUUGCACCUGCAAUACACUGUGAUAACAGUUGAGUUACGCCUGCAAAUAAAGGCAUUGCUAUAAUAAAGGAUUUGCACCGCAAUGCGCUGUUAUAAAAUCCUAUGUUGAUUCACUAUUUAUAAUUUUGUAUUAGCUAACAAUUAAAGAUUAUAAUCAUAUACAGAAAUAUACUUCUACAUGUCCAGUCAAGUUUAAAAGGGUAUUAUCGAUUAUUAUUGAUGAUUCUUUCGCAUAUUCAUAUGAAAGAAGCUCGAAGUCACCCUUAAAAUAUCAUUUUGUUAUAUUUGUGUAAUCGCAUCAUUUGGUUUAUUGUGAGGACAAUCGCUAGACAAUGCGCAGUUAUCGUAGUCGUGAAAUAUGCAAAUAGAAAAAAAGUUAAUAGAUAAGCAUCGACUGCCACGGUUUGUCAUGGGUAGCGGGAACAGUAAAUGUUUUGCUGAUCAGUUGAAGCUAAAAUUGUAAGUUUUUGAAGGCAAUUAUUUCAACCGAAUAUCAUUUUCUUAGCAUGUUUACUUACAAAUUAACUCAAUUUUUACAAACAUUUACUUGUAUUUUUGUAAUAUUUUUUAUGUCUGUUUCUGCACGAUGAAAAUAAAGCAUCGCGUCAACGCAGGACGAUCGUCGUUUAUUCAUGUAACCCUCGUUUAAAAAUGUACUAGAAAUAGCAUUAAAUUUUAAAAGGUUUGAUCUUCUGAUGACCAUUUAUGCAAGAUCAGACAUCAAUAUAAUAUUGAAAAAGAAUUAAUCGACAAAUAUUGUAAUUCCCACUUUCAUCUCUGAUGACCAAUGCUGAAAAUGUGCUACAAAAUAUCUAUUAUUUCAACACUAUUUGCAUUUUUAUUAGAUUUCGCUUUCGAACAAGGCGGAUUCCUGCAGUCUCUUACCAAGUACUUUAAUUAAUGUUUUCUGAAAGAAUAUCCCUUUAAAAUAAA